AUGGUACUUUUUUACUACUUAUACUCUGACAAAGAGAUCUUGGAAUCACACGGCAAUAUCAUUUACAAAAUAUGGUUCAUCCUAUACAUAACUUUAGAAGAAGUAUUUUGGCUUUACAUGGUCAUACUUAUAAAUGAAAUUGUACUGAACCUGAAAGAAAAAUACGAGGUUUUAAAUCAGAAGUUUGUACAGGUGCUUAAUAUAUCCGUAGAAAAUAAGUUUAUGAGCAAAGAUGUGGAUUUGAUGACCCUAAAAGAAAUAAAGAAAAUUAAAUUCUUAUACAGAUAUAUAAAUGAUUUGGUAGAACGUACGAACGAUUUACUUGGCUGGCCAACUUUUUGCUUGAUGGCAUACACCAUGUUGGAUGCGUUGACUAUUUUGAAUUGUUUGGUAGUUGGUGAAUACAUGCAACUGAUAUUUACUGAUACUUUGGAAUUGUUUGCAAUUAUUAUAUACACCGUGUAUAUAGCACUGUCAUGCGACUUUACAAGUUAUGAAGGUAAAAAGAUUAUUACAUUGUGCUACGAUCUAGAAGAUAAAUUUCCAAUGAAGUCGCCAAUUCGAAAAGAACUGCUAGAAGUAGCUGUACAGGCAAAACAUUUUCCUCCUAAGUUUGUUUCGAUGGGGUUAUUUGAUAUCAACAGGAAAAUCCUAUUGUCGAUGGUAGCCACCAUUACUACAUAUGUAAUUGCCAUUAUACAAUUUAAUAGUGUCUUAUGA